CAUGUUUGAAAACGCUCCACGCCCUGUUAACUUUAGUCAAGUUUUAUUAGUUGAUCUUAAACUGGAGUAAUACAACAUCAUCACUGUGUUUAGUUCAGGUCACUUUUAGUCUUAGUGUGUGGACGGUUUUUGUGUUAAAUAUUAAGAAAAUGUUUUACACAUCUCUUGUGUUGUGUUUGUGGACCCUGGUUGGUGUGUUUGGUGAUGAGGUGACUUUAAUGUCAGUGAUGGAGGGAGGUUCUGUUACUCUAUACACAAAUUUUACUGAACUACAGAGAGAUGAUGAGAUCAAAUGGAAGUUUGAAAACAUCUUCAUCGGCAGAAUAAAGAAAUCAGUCAACGAUAAACCUGAAUAUAGUAAUAAUGAGACUCAGAUGUUUAAAGACAGACUGAAGAUAAACAGUCAGACUGGAGAUCUCACCAUCACAAACAUCACACCUCAAGACUCUGGAUGUUAUAGAAUAACAAAUGUAUCUGGAAAGAAUCAAUUCAAGACAUUUAAUGUUACUGUUCAUGCUGCUUCUACUGUCAGCAUCGUCUCUUCUACUGUCCGUAUCACUACGACUCCAAAAAAUCCACCAGGAAGACAACAGCCAGAUCAUAUGAUUCUGAUCUAUUGUGCUGCUGCUGAUGGAUGUCUGAUGAUUUUAGCUUCAGUUUUGAUCUUCUGGAUCUACAGGAAACACAAAAACAAACAUCAACAAGAUCAGAGUGGUGAAGAUGAAGACACUUACGCUAACACAACAUUUCACAAACUAAACACACAGAUGAAGAAAUCUGAAAUAACAGAGGUGGUUUACACAUUUUAUACCAUUAAAACAGAUCAAAAUCCUCUCUUAUCUUAAUAAUAAUGUAUUUUAUGUGUUUUAUUUCAUUUCUCUUUUAUAUCAUUUAAUGGAGUUUGUUGAAUUUGUUGUGAUUCUGAAUGUUGAUGUAUUUCAUCAGUUUUGAC